AUCCCAGAUCCCAGCCAUAGAAAAUCCCAGAUCCCCCAAAUCGAAUCCCAAGGCAUAGAAAGCGAAUCUCAAAUCCCCCGACAAGAAUCCCAAAUCCCCAAUGACGAAUCUCAUAUCCAAAAAAUGAAGCAAAAAAAAAAAAACUCAGAUCCAGUCGAAUCCACGAAACCCUAAAUCAAAUAUAUGUAAUCCAACCCUAAAUCUACAAAUCUAGAAACGAAACCCUGAACCCUAAAUUUUGAAAUAGAUAAACGAAACCCAGAUCUCCACAAAUAAAAUCAACAAUAAGGAGAGGAGAAGACGCCAACCUGAACCAAAGCGUCCUCCUUGCAGUCGUCUUCUACCUCCCACUACCGGCGGCGGUGGCGUAUUCCUUCUUCAUCGGCGACGUCGUUGUCUUCUUUCUUCAAGGACGGCGAAAACCUUCCAAAAACUUCUUCCUCGUAGGGAUAGCUUCAACGUCGUCGUCGGCGUGGACUCAAACAAGUCGUCGCCGACCUUGCAUCCUUCGUCGCCGUCGCUCGGAAUUUUUGGUGGUGGUUUUCGGGAGAAGAAGAAACGGAGAGGGAGAGAACAAAAGAUUUUUUUUUUGGAGAGAGUGAGGAGAAUGAAAAACGCCGGUUGAGGGAGAGAGAAGAGGGAUUGGGUUUGAAAAUUUAUGGUUUUUUUUUAAUUGUGGGCCCACUUCUCCCAAAACACGGCUCGGCUUGGGCCUGCCGAGCUGGCCCUCUCUUCCCCCUCACACGAAGGCGCCGGUAAGCCCACUCCCUCCAAUCGUGGCUCGGCGACGUGGCCUAAUAUCCCACCGUGUUAGUAUCUACUAACCACUUAAAGGGUUAGCAGAAUAACACUAUUGCCGGCGACACUCAUUCUUUUCCCUUUCGGCGCAGGCAUGCGAUUUCCCUUCUACCUUUUUUUUCUCCCUUCGAUCGAACCCAAAAAGCAAACACAAAAAGGACCAGAAUACCCUCGAAAACCCCAAAUAUCAAACAUGCAAAUGAGGAAGAAGCCGAUCUUACCUCCGUCGCCGUCGCCAUUACCAUCAUCGGCAUCUAUCGAGGCUUUUGCUUCGCGGCCGUCAUUUUCAUUUUGUUCUUUCCCCUUUGCCGUUCCUCGAAAGGAGAAGAGAGGGAAAGCGGGUGGCGGGAGAUCGAAACAAAAGAGACAGAGGAAGAAGGAAGCGGAGGAAGAAGGAGCAGCGGCGGUUUGGCUUUGCCGCCGUCGAUCUCCGUCGUUUGGUGGAACAGAAAAGAGAAAGACGGAGAAUGAGGAGGAGGAGAAGGCGGCCGGAUUAGAGUGCUAGGGUUAGGGAUUUUGGGUCUUAAGAGAUGUUUAUAUAACCUGGUUUUUUAAAGUGACCAAGAUGCCCUCCAUCUUUCACAAAAAUCACCUACUGCUACCUUCCUUUUGCUGAAAAAGGAAGCAAAAAUUUAAUGUUUUUCAAAGGUUCGAAUCAUAAACCUUCCAGUCACAAUGUUUGUUGAUCGACAUUCUAAACCACUAGACUGGUCUCUCAACACUUGCACACUCAAUAAUCUCUUUGGAUUUUAACACUUUAACAUCUUUAAUACGUAAAAUUUAAACGUGAUCGAAUCUUUAGUUAAGGAUUAAUUUGAUUACUAAUAUACCCAAAGUGUAUCUUAUAUUCAAUCAUUGUGAGAUAAUUAAAUUUUUCUAUGUCAAAAUAUGUUUUUUAACAACUCUUAUAAAAAAUCAUGGUUAAU